CGGAGCCCUUAUAAUGUUGUUCAUCUUCGCCAAUCGAAAGACCCUAGAUUUUCAGAGAGCUGGUUCUUCAAUUUUCUGUGGCUCAAGUCUCAAUCGUUAACGAGAUCCAUCGCGUUCGUUCAGAGUAAGGAUGUCGUCGGAAGCACCGUUCACACCACGAGAGAAGCUUUUUGAGAAGCAAAAAUAUUUCCAGAAUAUCCAUAAGCACACUUACUUGAAAGGUCCCUUUGAUAAGAUUACGUCUGUUGCAAUACCAAUUGCUUUGGCUGCAUCUUCAAUUUUUAUGAUUGGACGAGGGAUCUAUAAUAUGUCGCAUGGAAUAGGAAAGAAAGAAUGACUUUGAAAUUUCUGAUUGAGGAGGUGGGUGUUUUGCCACACAAACCUAACAGAACCUCCUCAAUAUGGACCAGUGAUUUUCUUUGCAUUUAUGCUUGUUCUCUUAAUAAAACUUUGACCACCAUUGGGGGUUUAUAACAAUGAAAGUGGUUCUUUGUUUGUUUGAUAUAUAAUCGAUUGAUGGCUAAACUACA